ACUGACAACCCUAGACCAUUCAGAACUUUACCUUACACAUUAGCCGUGUGUGAGGAACUGCGUCAAACACUUUUGCAAAAUCCAAGUAUACCACGUCCACCGCCACCCCUCUGUCCAAGUAUACCACGUCCCCACCAUCACCCCUCUGUCCAAGUAUACCACAUCCACCCUUCUGUCCAAGUACAUCACGUCCACCGCCACCCCUCUGUCCAAGUAUACCACAUCCACCCUUCUGUCCAAGUACAUCACGUCCACCGCCACCCCUCUGUCCAAGUAUACCACAUCCACCCCUCUGUCCAAGUAUACCACGUCCACACGCGCCACCCCUCUGUCCAAGGUUUUGCUCACCUCCUC